AUGGAGGAACUUGAGGUUCUGGCUGAGCAGCUCCUCUCUCAGGACUCUGAAGUCCACCAUGAGAACAAACUGAUUGAUAUUCCUGUUUCAGAGAAGCAGGCUGAAGGUCAAAAACUUUGUGAGGAAACAUGUGGUGAACCGUUCCGCAAAAAACCAAAAUUACAUCCAAAGGCAGGAGUGGUCACUGACAAGAAGAAAAUUUGUGAAACAUGUGGGAAAGGUUUCCGUGAUCAGAGUGCUUUAUUGGUCCACAAGAGAUGUCACACAGGUGAGAAACCAUAUCCUUGUGAAACAUGUGGGAAAAGUUUCCGUCAUCAGAGUGCUUUACUGGUGCACAAGAGAUGUCACACAGGUGAGAAGCCAUAUCCUUGUGAAAUAUGUGGGAAAUGUUUCCGUGUUAAGCACGCUUUAUUGGCCCACAAGAGAUCUCACACAGGUGAGAAGCCGUAUCUUUGUGAAACAUGUGGGAAAAGUUUCACUCGUCAGAAUACUUUGUUGGUCCACAAGAGAUGUCACACAGGUGAGAAGCCGUAUCCUUGUGAAACAUGUGAGAAAACUUUCAGUCGGCACAGUCAUUUGGUGGUCCACAUGAGAUCUCACACAGGUGAAAAGCCGUAUCCUUGUGAAACAUGUGGGAAAACUUUCAUUACCCGAAGUUUUUUGUUGCGCCACAUGAGAUGUCACACAGGUGAGAAGCCGUAUCCUUGUGAAACAUGUGGGAAAAGCUUCCGUGAUCAGAGUGCUUUACUGGUCCACAAGAGAUCUCACACAGGUGAGAAGCCGUAUCCUUGUCAAGAAUGUGGGAAAAGUUUCCGUGAUCAGAGUGCUUUACUGGUCCACAAGAGAUCUCACACAGGUGAGAAGCCAUAUUUUUGUGAAGCAUGUGGGAAAGGUUUCAAUCAGAACAGUCAUUUGGUGGUCCACAUGAGAUCUCACACUGGUGAGAAGCCGUAUCCUUGUGAAACAUGUGGAAAAAGUUUCCGUGAUCAGAGUUCUUUACUGGUCCACAAGAGAUCUCACACAGGUGAGAAGCCAUAUCCUUGUGAAACAUGUGGGAAAUGUUUCCGUGUUCAGCACGCUUUAUUGGUCCACAAGAGAUCUCACACAGGGUCUGUGUCCUGA